AGAUUUCCUUUUGGUUACGUCAGUGCGCUAGUCGACGUUGUUGCAGUUUGACAGGAAGAGCAACGGAGACGUUGUUGUCCUGAAGUAAAUAAGGAAGAUUGCUGUGCCUGUGAUUCAGCCGAAAACAUGGGUGGUGUGUUGGGACUCUGUUCCGUCGCCAGCUGGGUGCCAUGUCUGUGCAGCAGUGCAACAUGCAUUCUUUGUCGGUGUUGUCCAAGUUCUGGAAAUUCUACCGUGACCCGUAUCAUCUAUGCAUUUCUGCUUCUACUGGGAACUGCACUUUCUUGUAUAAUGCUUUCCCCAGGGAUAUCUGAUCAACUAAAGAAGGAAUUUCAGCCACGAUCUGGUCUCCUACAGUCGUCUUUCAUCACGCUAUAUACUGUGUAUCUGACUUGGUCUGCUAUGUCCAAUGAGCCUGAUAGAACCUGUAAUCCAAGUUUAAUGGCUAUUAUAUCAAAGAUUACCUCUCCAACCAUCACUCCAGCAAAUGUAAGCACAGUUCUGGACACACCUCCUCCUCCUAAAUCCCUGCAGUGGUGGGAUGCCCAGAGUAUAAUUGGGCUUAUACUCUUUGUACUUUGUCUUUUGUAUUCCAGUAUCCGUACCUCUACCAACAGCCAGAUGAGCAAACUUACUUUAUCUGGUAAUGAUACUGUCAUGCUUGAUGACACAACAGGAAACAGUGAUUUAGAAGAUGGUGAAGUUCGUCGUGUUGUGGAUAAUGAAAAAGAUGGUGUUCAGUACAGCUAUUCCUUUUUUCAUUUCAUGAUGUGCCUUGCCUCACUUUACAUCAUGAUGACACUCAGUAACUGGUACAGCCCAGAUGCGGAUUUCAAGACUAUGACUAGCAAGUGGCCUGCUGUGUGGGUGAAGAUCAGUUCCAGCUGGGUGUGUCUGCUGUUAUACCUCUGGACUAUGGUAGCACCCAUCAUCCUACCCAAUCGAGAUUUUAAUUAAAUAUAUCUCAGGAUCUGUCUUGAGAAUACCCUGCUUCAAAAUAAUUUGUUGGCAUAAGCGAAAACCAAAAGGAACUAAUCCUUAUUUACUAUUACUGCUACUAAUUAAGCUUAAUAAGCCUUGAUUUUGUGUUUAUAUUUACAGCUUUAUAAUAUGUAUAUUAUUGCAAUUAUAUUUUACCCAGCUGAGCUGAUUGAUAUUAUGGCAUCGUAAGACAACUUAUUUCAUUCCAGUAAUAUAUUGUUGUAGAAUCUUAUAUAUAAUGGUCAGAAGUUGCAUUGUCUUGUAUUGGCUUGUCUUUAAAAAACUUUUUUUUUUUUACACUUUUCUGCAAAUCUUUUAAAUAUCUAAUUUGUAGUUCAUAAAAUUGUUUUGUAAUGCAGUGCAUUGCAAUCAUUUGAAGCAUUAUUUGCCAGAUAAUUUGCAAUUGGUUGGAAUUGUCAUGUUUUUAUUUUUUGCUAUAGGUUUUGUAAUAGUUGAAGAUAUUCUGGUCUGAUUAUAUUGAAUGUUUAGGUGCAGCAUUUCAAUCACGUCUGAAUCAUAUGUAUUAAUGGAUACAGCAUUAUUAUAAAUGUGAUGUGGAAGGACAACGUUAGCACUUAAGGGGACAUGCAAAUAAUAUUUGUUCAUACACUAAAUAGAAUGCAGUUUUUUUUUUAAUACAAAACAAUCCUAAGAGUUGUAAAUUUUAAAAUCCCAAGGCACCCAUUCAAAAAAAUAAUUUUCUGUCAUCUUUGACAAAUAAAGCAGCGCUAUCUGCACUUUUCUCAACCGAUUUCUAAAUGAGUUGCUAUCAAUACCUAACCUAUUUAAAAAAAAAAAAAUCUGUAAAAAUGCAUCAGUGUUAAAAAUUCAAACCCCCCCUAUGUAUUUGUUUUUAUUGCACUCCAUUAAGUGUAUGAAACGUUAAAGUUCACUUGUCACUUUAAGAGAUUUGCACUGUACUGUAUACACUGUUUAAUUAAAAAAGAAGUUAGCCUA